GGAAGAGAGAGAGCUGCAUCCAUGAGUGGUUGAGCGAGGGAGUGAGACGCAGCGCACGACAGCAGCGCUUCUGAGAUAAAGAGUGUUGCAAGUCACAAACAGAGAAAGAGAGCGGCAGAGUCAGAUAGACCACAGAGAAAGAGAGAGAGGGACAGAGAGAGAGAGAGAGAAAGCAGUGAAGGAGGGGAAACAGAGAAACGGAGGGAGAGGGAGAGCGCAUGCAGCACAGCAGAGGAGUCCGCCGCACGUCUGCUGAGGAUGGGAGGAUCACAGGGAGAGAGAAGAGGAGAGAGAGAACAUAAAAGGAUGCCAUCGCUCCUCUCCUCCUUCUCAUCCUCCAUCCACUCUCACUGAAGGCAAACCUGUUCCUUCUCAUCACUUCCUCAAUACAACUGGACUUGUCCUUCUGGAACUACUGAUAACAUAUGGUCUCUUUCAUGGGAAAAUUAGAUCGCGGCUUUGAAAACCUACAAGCUGAACCAAAGAGGUGGAGAGCGAACCAAUCCUCCAUGGCAACCAAAUGACCAUCUCUCACAGAGCACCUUUUUUUUUUUCAAACGGCAGGUACUGCGUACCACAAUCUUUUCCAGUGCGGAGCCAUUAAGGAGGGAAGUUUUGAGGCCGGGCUGUAGACGAAGGCUAGCAGCAAAGCCGUGAUUCCCGCAGACACGGAGCAAACCCCCCUGGCGGAGGGGGAAAGGAAUGUUCUUUAGCUGCCAAGGAACGUGUGUUUUCCCCCGACCCUUCGCGAGCCAAGCCCUUGUUUCAAACACAAAAGAAGGCUGUGGAGCAGUCGCACCUGCAGCUCACACACACACACACACACACACACACACACACACGGGGCUAAAAAAUCUCAAGGUUUAUUAUUGAAUGGAAACGAGGUGCUGCGAGGACUGCUCAACAGAUGAUGUGGGUUUACAGCACACGGUCUGCGACUGAUUAGCCGCUCUGUUUAAGUCCAAGGUUGCGCUUUUUUUUUUUGAUCCUGCAAAUAGGAGUCAAUGGGACUGCGUAGAUUGGAGAAAUCCAAGAAUUUCAAGGACUCCUGUUAAUACAGUUGCUUAGCCCUCACUGGAGUCCAUCUGGGGCAUGUAGAGGUGAAGAAAUAAUCAAAUAAAACGUUUUUAGUGUUAGUUCACCCUAUCCUAGUGUCUGUCAGUUUGGAAAAUAAAAGGACUGACAUGGACCCUCUGAGGCAUAUAGGCCUGUACUUUCCCACAGUAAAUAAAAAGCUGUUUAUAAGAUUGAUUUCUCCGUGGACAGUUUGGGUCAGGUGAGCCCAUAUUUCUAUUUGCUUUCAUCCCGAUAAAGAGCGGGCCCGUAAAAACACGAUGGACGUGCUGGGCUUUAACGGCAGCGGGUACGACGCCUACCCGACGGGCUUCCCGUUCAAUGCCACCGGCGACUACGAGGACUACGAGCCGGAGCCCGACGCCAGCAAGAUCAUCAUCCCGUCCAUCUACGCCCUGGUGUGCUGCGUAGGCGUGACGGGCAACGCCAUGGUCAUCUACGUCAUCCUCAAGUACGCCAAGAUGAAGACGGCCACCAACAUCUACAUCCUGAACCUGGCCAUCGCCGACGAGCUCUUCAUGCUCAGCGUGCCCUUCCUGGCCACGUCGGCCGCCGUCCACCACUGGCCGUUCGGCUCGCUCAUGUGCCGCCUGGUGCUGAGCGUGGACGGCAUCAACAUGUUCACCAGCAUCUUCUGCCUGACCGUGCUGAGCGUUGACCGCUACAUCGCUGUGGUGCACCCCAUCAAGGCGGCGCGCUACCGCCGGCCCACCGUGGCCAAGGUGGUCAACGUGUGCGUGUGGGGGCUGUCGCUGCUGGUCAUCAUGCCCAUCAUCGUGUUCGCCGACACGGUCCCCGCCGCCGACGGCGGCAUGGACUGCAACUUCCUGUGGCCGGAGUCCUCGUGGUCAGAGGUGUUUGUGGUCUACACGUUCCUGCUGGGCUUCCUGCUGCCCGUGGGGGCCAUCUGCCUGUGCUACUGCCUGAUCGUGGCACGCAUGCGUGCCGUGGGCCUCAAGGCCGGCUGGCUGCAGCGCCGACGCUCGGAGAAGAAGAUCACGCGCAUGGUGCUGCUGGUGGUGGCCGUCUUCGUCGUCUGCUGGAUGCCCUUCUACAUCGUGCAGCUGGUCACCGUCUUCCGCCGGCCGCCCGACCCAGUGGUCACGCAGCUGUUCGUCAUCCUCAGCUACGCCAACAGCGGCGCCAACCCCAUCCUCUACGGCUUCGUCUCGGACAACUUCCGGCGCUCGUUCCAGCGCAUCGUCUGCUUCCGCUGGCUGGAGACCGGGCUGGACGCCGAGCAGGUGGACUACUGCGCCGUGGCCCUCAAGCGCCAGGCAACGCUGGGGCCCAAGGACUUCCCCAAGGACUGCCUGGCCUCAGACAUGGUGUUCCGCAACGGAACCUGCACCUCACGGACUACCGUGCUAUGACUGGACAAGACGCCUCACACGUCUCCCCGACAAGGACAUCAGAACAUUACGUGAACAUUAUGUGAACAUUACAUGAAUCAACAUUAUGGUUGACUCUGCCAUCUUCAUCAACUGAGCAAAGUGAAAACACUAAACAUAGCUGUGAAUAAUGAUACUUGGAGAAAAUGUCCUCUCAAAUGAUUAAGAACAGAAUGAACAAUUACACUGUGAAUUUAAUUAUAGGAUGUUCUAGAAUCACACAAAAGGCAAGUUGAUAGUUGAUGAGUUUUGUGGGAAAAAAAAGAAAAAAAUAUGGCAAAGGGGAAAGUUCAUCAGACAGUGAUUUUGAUUAAAAUGGCAGAGGUGAUUACCUACUUCCUAUUCUGAACGUUGUCUUUGGAUCACCCGAUAAGAAAUGGAAAAUGUGGGAUUACAAGAAUCCCACAGCAGGAUGAGCAGAAGGGCGUAGUCGUGUUGUAAAAACGGCCAACUAAUCCCUACAAAGACUAUGUUUCACCUCUCUUCUCUUUACGGCCGCCAAGGGAAUCGUCUGCGAUUUUGACUUGAGAGAAAGGGGCCAGAAUUAUCCUGUCUGGAAAUAAAGAAGACGAAGAGCGAGCGUUUCAGAAUGUUGCAGCAGACAGCGAUGGGAGGUGGUAAAAAGCACAAAGCAGACAGACUCCACAUAUGCCAGAGCUCUACUCAGCCCAGUGUGAGUUCAGGCCAUUUACCAUGUGUGAUUCUCACAGAGGUGGUCCAGUUACAGGUUGUAUGUUACGUCUGUGGCUUUAACACUGUCAUGCUGAUUUUCUGAUGGGUUUGUUGUCUUUGUAUCAGUGUUUUACAUGUCCUUUUGAAUUCUGGUUUUAGAAUCUUGACAGUGCAGUGCGUUUCAGACCCAAAUCUGUUUUGUUUCACAGUUUUGUAGCUCUUUGUGUUUGUUCUCUGUUCUGUGAAUCUGUUUUGUUUUCAUGCUAUGGUGAGUCAAAAUUGCAUUGGACUACCGUGCCGCUUAAGCUUGUGCAAUGAUGCGCCACUGACACGGCUCUCUGAUCGUCUGCCAAAGGAGUUGGGCAUUCUCAGACACAAGUGCUUGUUCAUAUUGUACGCUGUUCUGCUUUUGUUAAAAGUUAUUACGCCUUAAAAAGCUGACCUUUCUGUGUUAAAUAUAAUUAGAAUGUAUGUGUUCUUGUAUUGAUGUAAACUGAAUUGCAAUAUUAAAAAAAAUUG